AUGGACACAGAACCAUUUGUGCCAAAAUGGCCCGAUGACCCCAACGACGAUGGUAUCUACCUUCCCGAAGACCUCGACUCUCGAACACCACAUCCAUCCACCGCGCCCAAACAAGUCUUCGACAUUAUUUCCAGCACUUAUCGUCCCAGCCGUAAGCCGGACAAUGUCCUAUCGAAAUUCGAGCUGUUCCCCAAGCUGCCGCUCGAGCUACGACGGAGUAUCUGGUGCUAUAGUCUCCCUCGUCGACGUAUGGUGGAGGUACUGUACGACGAUGAGACGGGUGAAUGCAAAUCAAGAUACCCGGUACCGACCGCACUUCAUGCCAAUUCGGAGGCGAGAGGUGUGGCUCUUGAGUAUUAUGAGUUGGCUUUUGCUACGCAGAAGGCAGAAGCGAUGGUGUACUUCGACUUUGGCGUUGACGCGCUCUUCCUUGGUGUUGGCAACUUCUCCCCGUCUCAAAAGGAUCCAGCCGGUCUCUUGUUCCGGGCACUAAAGAGACAAGACAUCGAGCGCCUUGAACAUCUCGUUGCGGACGACUUUAUAAAUUCCUUCCUUCUUGGUAUCUACGCCGAUGAUGACGACGACGACACCGACGCCUCACUUUCUGGUGGAAUCACUGAUGGAGACGAUUCCGAUUCAGAUACAGACGAAGUGCAAAGCAGCCUAACCAAAUUCGGACUUGACGGCCUCCAAUCACUCACAAUCGUGGAUGGUUUGGGCAACUACGAUUUCGUAAUUCAGGAGAUCAAAAAUAACGGAGAGUUUCAUGUCUGGAACAUCUUAGGGGGCGGGAAACCGGUGCCUUUGGUCGAUCCUAACACCGUUGACUACCCCGGAAUGCUCUACUUUUCCGAAAUCUGGAGGUCGGCCGAGCUAGCCAAGUACAUUGGAAGGACCAAAUUAACGACCUUGAGAUACGUGGGAAGAAAGAGACUUAGGCAAGAAGAGGCGUGGAAAAAGCGAAUCAACUUCAUGGAUCAAGUUGUACUUCCAGGCACAUUCAACUCCUGUUUAUACCCCAAGGAUGGAGUCAUAGACCGCAUAGUUGGGAUGUAUCUCCUCGAUCCAGAAGCGUUCCAGAAUCUGCGAGAAUACUUCGGUGGCGCGGACCCAGAAUACAUUUACAUCGCUCAGAAUUCAUGUGUCUGCCCUAUCGGACACAAGCACAAAGAACCGUGCCAUUGGCGUCUGAUGGACUUCAAUCUCAGGAGGGCUUUAGCCAAGAUUGAUCCAGCUGGCGACGAUCCAAUAGAGGAAGCAGUUCCUGGUGCUUUCCCAGAGGAGUCUGCGGUUGAGGAGGUGAAUUCGCAUCCUCCACAGAUCCCGUCGGAGAGAGUCACAGUGGCUGAUUCGCAAAUUCAGGAGAUUAACCUCGAGCAGCCAUCACCAGCUUUCCAGGACCUCUCUCUGACGGAGCAUAAGUCAACUUCUAACCAUCAGCAAGUUUCCCCGCCUACUCUUGUUAAAGCACCUUUCCUUUGGCGAUUCCUUGACCAGCUUGAACACUACCUGCCGUCAGGAAUUCUUGGAAAAUUUAUUGUAGCCAACGUACUAAUCAGCUUCGGACUGCUGAUCUACGCAAUACUAGUUCUCGAAGUCAAUCAACUCUGGGGACCAAUUAUUGGGUUUGGAGUAUGCCUCUCCAUGAAUCAUCUUCGUGCGGGGACGCAACCAUCCUCUUCGCCGAAUUUGCUCGCCUGGCUCUUUUCCCUGACUUGGCACUCAGUUUUCCCGGUGUUCGGACUGUUCAAGAACCACAUAUCCUACAACAAGACCGCCCCGGCUAGACAAAUUGCUUCUCGUCAACAAGGUACUUCGUCUUCCAAUACACUCACAGCCGCUCGGCAGCGAUUCCACAAGGCUUUUUACAUCUGCAUGACCUUCUGGAUAUGGCUUCUCCUGGGCCUCGUCAGUGUUGCAUUGGCGUUCUCUCUAUUGAAAUUCGUCGUGGAGUUACUGAGUGUACUCAUGCUUCUCGUUGCGUUGUUGUGGCUGUUGGGGAUUUGGUUGAUGGCUCAUGAGAUGCAUAAUAAGUAA